AUAUUUUGGCAUAUGAGGUGUCCUUGAAAUUGAGGCUUGUACGUAUCCUAAUAACCAAAAUCCCAAAAUCUUGUUUCAACAAUCAAUCAGAGACAAAAGAUUUUUCUUUCCCCUUUGCUUCUUCUUCUAGGGAUUCUCUCUUCUCAACCCUUUCGAAUUAUCAUUAUGGCUAAGAGUUCGUUCAAGAUGGAACACCCCCUUGAGAGGAGGCAGGCUGAAGCAGCUCGCAUAAGGGAGAAGUAUCCCGAUAGAAUUCCAGUAAUUGUUGAAAGGGCUGAGAAGAGUGAUGUUCCAGAUAUUGAUAAGAAAAAGUAUUUGGUUCCUGCUGAUCUAACUGUAGGCCAGUUUGUGUAUGUGGUGCGUAAGAGAAUCAAAUUGAGUCCUGAGAAGGCUAUCUUCAUUUUUGUGAAGAACAUUUUGCCGCCAACAGCUGCUAUGAUGUCUGCAAUAUAUGAGGAAAACAAGGAUGAAGAUGGAUUCCUCUAUAUGACUUAUAGUGGGGAGAACACUUUUGGGAUUUUAAUAUGAAAUAUUCACAAGGGCAAGGAUGUAAAUAGAACUUAAAAUUAUCCUAUGUGAAACCGUUAAGCUUUGAUGUUGACAUUUUAUCGUGAAGUUUAUGACCUGAUUUAUGACAAUCCUUAUCUAAUUUGCAACUAGUUGAAAAUGACCUUUAUGUUUGUAUUAAAUUUAAAAUUGCAAAUUGUUGAGGUUUAUUUCAUUAAA